AUGGAUUCUGCAAUGGCGCCAUCCCGAAUCCUAGACUCGCAUAUCCAUCUGUGGCCCGGGACGGCAACCACAUCGAAGCAUCAUGGCUGGAUGUCUGAGGGUCACUUUUUCGCCAAGCAGCAUGGCAUCCAAGACUAUCUGGCUGUUGCGACUCCGAAGCCCUGGGGAUUUAUUUAUGUAGAAACGGAUCGCUACCUGCCGUCACCCACGCCUCCUCUCCACGGCACCGAGAACGAGGCAGAACAGGAAGAGAGGCUUGAAAACUGGGCGCAGCAGCCACUAGAAGAGCUGAGGUUUCUGCGGCGAAUAGUAGAGGACAAGGCUCAGGAGGGGGAUGGGUUUCAAGAGGGAGAUGUAGAACUCAUGAAGGGCUGUGUUAUUUGGGCUCCAUUUCCUCUUGCGCCCGCGCUCUUCAAAACAUUUCUCCGUAUUGCAGAGGGUGUUGCGGGGCCAGAGCUCUGGAGACGGGUUGUGGGAUUCCGAUACUUGCUUCAGGGCAAAGCAGAGGGCGAGGUCAAGAGAAUAGUGCAGAGCGAAGCUUGGAUCGAGAACAUGACGAGCCUGGCUAGUGGGAGGGAGGGAAAGGGGUGGGCAUUCGAUGUAGGAGUCGAUACGCAUCGCGAUGGCUUGGAGCCGCUCGAGGCCGUGGGUGAAAUGAUUCAGGAGGUGCGGAGAAGGGAGAAGGCUAGUGGGAGUGGCAAGGCGGUUCGAUUUGUACUCAGUAGGUUUGAAAUCUCCCUCAUCGUUCUAUAUACACCUCGACGAUGCGCUUCGUGGCCCAUGUUGCCAGCCUUUUCCACCUCUGCUCUCCAUCUCGUGUGCUGCUGCUGCUGCUGCUGCGGCUAUCAUGCUCUGCAACGAGUCAACAGACAUACAACCUCCGAGUCCGAGGCAACUCUGCAGAAUGACGUGGCCCCGUGA